AUCCCGGCGCAGUGAGCAAUGGCUGCGCAGGGCAGCGUGUUGGACUGCAGCACGCACUGCCAUUCCAAAUACAAGCGAGCCUGCAGGGUCUAUGGGCUGAUAGCUGGGCUGGUGGUUGGGCUGAUGGCCGUGGUGCUGCUAGCUGCAUCCCUGCCCUCCUCUCUGUGCCUGCUGACCACCAAACCAGAGCCAGAGACGGGGCUGGGGACGGGGACAGGAAGAGUGCCCGGUUUGGAGAGGCUGGCACGGCUGCGGGAGGAGCAAGAGCAGCUGCAGAUGCAGGUGGCUGCGUUGGAGCAAGCAUUGGCUGCCACCAACCGGACCCUCACCACGGUGGUGGAUGUCACCAACCGGUCCAUCUCUGAGAUGCACAAGCAAUGGGAUGACUGCAGGAGUCAACUGGACACAGUGAAGGGCUUCGUCGUGGAGUUGGAGCAGCAGAUCUCCCAGCUGCAGCAGCACAGGGAGAAGCAGGAAGCUGUGGUCAAGCAACUGCAAGAGAACAACAGGGCUCUCCAGGAGGAGGUGGCACAGCAGAAGGAGCAGUUGGAGGAGGUGGAGAGGCUCAGGAGCAGCUUCCAGGAGCAGAUCCAGGAGCUGUCAGCACGGAUCUGGAACAUACGGAGACACAUUUCCAGUGGGAGCACAGAGAUGCCCUCCGGUGCAGCCAUGAUCCUGACCCUCCUCAUCGGAGUGAUCGCUGCAAAGUGGCUGUGCUGAGCACAGUGACACGGACCUGGGUGGCCCCUGGCAGUGUGGGACCAUGGGGACAUCAUGGGGAGACGGUUUGCCAAGUGCUGGCCGAGGGGUGAGAUGGGGACAAGGCGCACUCAGGGGGCGGCGGUGCCACACGGUUGGGUGGAUCUAAACCGAUUUCCAAUAAAACUCCAUGUGAACCCGAA